CCCUCCCCGAAUCCCCGCCCCUGCUCUCGUCUCUUCCCGGCUCCACGAACCUCCUAGCGGCGGGGGACUCUCCGGAACCGCCCGGGACGGCGGCGAUGCAGUCGGGUGGUCGUCAGGCGGAGGCCCCGGGCCGCGGCCCGCGGGUGCUGGUGGUGGGCGGCGGCAUCGCGGGGCUGGGGGCGGCGCAGAGGCUCUGCCACCACCCGGCCUUCUCACACCUUCGGGUUCUGGAGGCCACGGCCCGCGCCGGUGGCCGCAUCCGCUCGGAGCACAGCUUCGGUGGCGUGGUGGAGGUGGGCGCCCACUGGAUCCAUGGGCCCUCCGAGGGCAACCCCGUCUUCCGGCUGGCUGCCAAAUACGGGCUGCUCGGGGAGAAGGCCCUGUCCCAGGAGAACCAGCUGAUCGAGACUGGGGGUCACGUGGGCCUGCCGUCUGUGUCUUAUGCCAGCUCUGGGGUGAGUGUGAGCCUUGAGCUGGUGGCGGAGAUGGCCAGGCUGUUCCACGGUCUCAUCGACCAGACCAGGGAGUUCCUGCAGGCGGCUGAGACCGCCCCACCCAGUGUUGGGGAGUACCUCAAGGAGAAGAUCCGCCAGCACAUGGCCAGCUGGACAGAGGAUGAGGAGACCAAAAAGCUCAAACUGGCCAUCCUGAAGAACUUGUUCAACGUGGAGUGCUGUGUGAGCGGCACCCACAGCCUGGACCUGGUGGCCCUCGCGCCUUUCGGGGAGUACACUGUGCUGCCGGGCCUGGACUGCACCUUUCCUGAGGGCUACCAAGGACUCACAGACUGCAUCAUGGCCUCCUUGCCCAAGGACGUGAUGGUUUUUGACAAACCCGUGAAGACCAUUCACUGGAAUGGGUCCUUCCAGGAAGCUUCUGCUCCUGGGGAGACUUUUCCUGUGCUGGUGGAAUGUGAGGAUGGAGACUGCUUCCCAGCCCAUCACGUGGUCGUCACCGUGCCCUUAGGUUUUUUAAAGAAACAUCUGGACACCUUCUUUGAGCCACCACUGCCCACUGAGAAGGUGGAAGCGAUCAGGAAAAUAGGCUUUGGGACCAACAACAAAAUCUUCCUGGAGUUUAAGGAGCCCUUCUGGGAGCCGGACUGCCAGCACAUCCAGGUGGUGUGGGAGGACACGUCGCCCCUGGAGGACGCCGCCCCCGCGCUGCACGACGCCUGGUUCAAGAAGCUUAUUGGCUUUUGGGUCCUGCCUCCCUUCCAGGCCAGCCACGUGCUCUGUGGCUUCAUCGCGGGGCUUGAGUCCGAGUUCAUGGAGACACUGUCGGACGAGGACGUGCUCAGGUCUCUGACGAAGGUGCUCCGCAGGGUGACAGGGAACCCCCGGCUCCCCGCGCCUAGGAGUGUGCUGCGGUCCUGCUGGCAUAGCACCCCGUACACCCGGGGCUCCUACAGCUACGUGGCUGUGGGCAGCUCUGGGGACGACAUGGACCGGCUGGCCCAGCCCCUCCCUUCAGACGGCAAGGGGGCGCAGCUCCAGGUGCUGUUCGCAGGGGAAGCCACACACCGGGCGUUUUACUCCACCACGCACGGGGCUCUGCUGUCUGGCUGGAGGGAGGCUGACCGGCUCGUGACGCUGUGGGACCCCCAGGCCCAGUGGCCCGAGCCCAGGCUCUGAGCUCCCAGUGCUGGGGUGCGGGAGGCUGGCCCUACCCUGUCCUGUGAUGGACGAGGUUCAGGCGGGCUUGGGAUGUGGCCACCCGGGGUCAGCUCCCUCAUUUCUCAAGCUGCUGGAUCCUGGUCAGGGCUCAGCCUGAGCUGAGCGCAGUCUUCCUGGAGGAGGGAGACGUGGGAUGCUGCCGCUGCCGCUGUCGGUGGCACAUAAAAGUGUGUAAAACAG